CCGCUGUUGGUGGGGUGGCGAGAGGCGGUUGUGGGGUUACGGGUCUCUUGGGAUUUGAUGCGAGGGUGCUGGCGGUUCCUGCCCCGGUCGGCAACAGGUGGCCUGGAUAGAGGGGCGUAAGGCCGCUCACUGCGGCGCAGGGACACGAGAGGCUGAUACUGCCGAGAGGACAGCGAGGUUGACGGGCGGAUCUUGCAGCGGCACCCAGCAAUAAGGCGGGCGAGAUCCAGGAUGAGGAGCCGCAGUAAUUCCGGCGUCCGGUUGGAUUAUUUCGCCCGGUUGGUGAACAACACCAUCUUGUGUCACCAGAAUUCUGUAACUGGAUUACUGCCAGCUAGUCCUGAUAUGCAGCAUGCUUGGGUGCGUGAUAACGUGUACAGUAUCCUGGCAGUCUGGGGUUUGGGAAUGGCCUAUCGUAAAAAUGCUGAUCGCGAUGAAGAUAAAGCAAAAGCUUUUGAGCUCGAGCAGAGUGUGGUGAAACUGAUGCGUGGAUUGCUACAAUGCAUGAUGAAACAGAUAAAUAAAGUUGAAAAAUUCAAGCAGACCCUAAGUACAACGGAUGCACUUCAUGCAAAAUACAACAAUACCACAUGUAAUACAGUGGUUGAAGAUGAUAAAUGGGGUCACUUGCAAAUUGAUGCCACCUCUCUUUACUUGCUUUAUCUUGCACAAAUGACUGCAUCAGGGCUUCAUAUAAUUUUUACUUUGGAUGAAGUAAAUUUUAUACAGAAUCUUGUAUUUUAUAUUGAAGUAGCAUACAAAGUUGCAGACUAUGGGAUGUGGGAACGUGGUGACAAAACUAACAGAGGAAUUCCAGAGCUCAAUGCCAGUUCUGUAGGAAUGGCCAAAGCAGCUCUGGAAGCACUUGAUGAAUUGAAUCUCUUUGGUGCUAAUGGAGGUCCCAGAUCAGUCAUUCAUGUCAUGACUGAUGAAGUGCAGCUUUGCCAAUUUAUCUUGCAGUCAAUGCUGCCAAGAGCAUCAACGUCUAAAGAAAUUGAUGCUGGUCUCCUCUCAGUUAUCUCUUACCCAGCUUUUGCAGUAGAAGAUAUUGAACUUGUUGAGUUAACAAAACAAGAGAUCAUCACAAAACUACAAGGUCGUUAUGGCUGCCGCCGGUUUCUAAGAGAUGGUCAUAAAACGCCAAUUGAGGAUCCCUCCAGACUUUAUUAUGAAAAUGCAGAACUGAAGUUGUUUGAGAACCUAGAAUGCGAAUGGCCAUUGUUCUGGACGUACCUGAUACUCGAUGCACUGUUCAAUAAGAACACAGAGCAGGUUGAAGAAUACAGGGAAGCUCUGAAUAGAAUUCUUGUUAUGCGCCCAGGUGGUGUCAAUUUAUUACCAGAACUUUAUGCUGUUCCAGCUGAUAAGAUGGAUGAAGAGUACCAUAAUCCUCACACUGUCUCAAGAGUUCACAUGGGAAAGCUGCCACAUAUGUGGGGACAAUCCUUGUAUAUACUAGGAUGUCUUGUUGCAGAGGGUUUUCUUGCUACUGGUGAAAUUGAUCCUUUGAACAGAAGAUUCUCAACUGUUCCGAGACCAGAUGUCGUAGUACAAGUGGCAAUAAUAGCAGAAAAUAUGGGAAUAAAGGAGGUUUUAGAGAUGCAUGGAAUCUGCGUUGAAACUGUAUCAGAAGUCUUACCGAUCCGUGUACAGCCAGCUUGUAUUCUUUCUCAGAUCUAUACAAGACUAGGUUGCAGUAAAAGAUUGGGAUUGAGUGGUCGGCCUUAUCGACACAUGGGUAUUCUUGGCACAUCAAAGCUGUAUGUUAUACGGGAUGAGAUCUUUGCUUUUACUCCUCAGUUUGUUGAUCAGCAGCAGUUCUAUCUUGCUCUUGAUAAUCGAAUGAUCGUCGAAAUGCUUCGAACAGAGUUAUCAUUUUUGUGUCGUUGCUGGAGAAAGACUGGGCGGCCCACUGUAACAUUUCCAAUUUUACAGUCCAUGCUCAUUGAUAAUGGCACCAGUUUGGAUCCUUAUGUUCUGUCAACUUUAAGGAAAUUACAAGAUGGAUACUUUGGAGGAGCCAGAGUUCAUGCAGCCAAUUUGUCAACAUUGUUGGUAACCUCAUGCUGCACACGACUCAGUUUUAUGGAUGUUGGGCCUAAUGUGGAAUACCGAGAUGAGCUAACUGUGUACUUAAACCAACUGCUUGAGACGAAACCUUCAAAAUCUGCUUUGCUACCAUCUGGAAAGAAAGUGGGCCUGCAUCGAUUCCGUGCUGCCGCACAUGCUACGCGGGAUGUCGUAUCUCUGGCACAUAAAGCAAAAGAACUUGACAUCCAAAACGUCUCUUUCUAUCUACCAAACAGCUUGAUAUCUGAAUCACGUCAUAAACUCAAUCUUGUAUCUGCAUCCUCAGUCAGUCCAGAGUUUCCAUUAAAGACCUCAAAAGACUUGCCUAGAGAUGACUCUGGUGAAAUAGACUGUAAAGCCUUGAUGGAACAGUUGAAAAAGAGUCAUAGCUUACAAGAACAGGUUGAAAUAAGCCACGUAAUCUAUGUCAUGAAGGGUAUAGAUUGGAAAGUGGGUCAAGAAGGUCAUCCUGAUCUGACUGUUCAUGACCUCUUAAUGGAGCUGUACACAAAAGCUGGUAAGGAGCAGCACUGGGGACUGAUCCGUUAUAUUUCUGGUAUGCUCCAUAAAAAAGUUGAAGAACUUGAUGAGGCCUGCACAACCCUUUUGUCAAAUCAGAAGCAUCUGACUGUUGGCCUUCCUCCUGAACCACGCGAGAGAACUAUUUCUGCACCCUUGCCUUCUGCUGAACUUACUAAGCUGAUCGCAGAAGCUAAUGAACACAAUAAUGCUUUGUUCAUCCUCACACAGGAAGUCAUGGUUUAUCUGGCAAUGUAUGCAAGGACAGAACCUAAUCUAUUUGCUGAAAUGUUCCGACUGCGUGUUGGAUUAAUAAUUCAAGUUAUGGCAACUGAAAUGGGCAAUAGUCUCAACUGUUCAGGUGAAGCAGCAACUGAAAGUUUAAUGUCAAUGAGACCCUCUGACCUGAAGCUACUUCUUCACCAUGUCCUCAGUGGAAAGGAAUUUUCAGUUGAAGAAAAUGUUGAUCUUUUUACAAGGAAAUAUAUUUCUAUCCAUGAUGUGGAUCACACUGGAGCAACAAAAAGCGAGCGAGCUGGAAUUAGUAAACUGAAACUUGAGAUGAUGCAGAUGGAUAAGCGUAGAUUUUCUGCUGCUGUAACCAAUAUUGAGAGUGGAACUUUGAAGCCAACUGGCAAAUCUGAUGAACUACAAGAGCAAGCACUUAAGAUGCCUGAUCCAUGGCAAGAUAGUGAUUUUAUAGACACACGUCAGGGACAGUGGUUGCGGCGAAGGCGAAUCGAUGGUGCACUGAACAGAGUUCCUGUUGGUUUUUAUCAACGAGUAUGGAAAAUUUUACAAAAGUGUCAAGGGUUGGCAAUUGAAAAUUAUGUUCUCUGGUCAUCUACAACUGAAGAGAUGACUCCUGGUGAGAUUAAGUUUGCUGUUCAGGUGGAGACUUUCCUAAACUGUGUGCCGCAGCCAGAAUAUCGGCAGCUUCUUGUGGAGACGAUCCUUGUGCUGACCACGCUGGUGGAUGUAGACAUAGCGAACAUUGGUAGAACAAUUCAUAUUGAGGACAUUGCACGCAUGGCAAAUAAGUUAUUCAUUGAGGAGCAGACAGCCUUGGGAGCCAAUGAUGAAAUGCUAGAGAAGGAUAAAACCACCGGGAUUUGUAAAUUGAUAUAUGACAGUGCUCCAAGUGGUCGUUUUGGCACCAUGACUUAUAUUUUGAAGGCUGCAGCUGUAUACAUGGAAGAUUUCUUACCAGCUGAUGGGUGCCAAGUGCAAUAAGAUGGUUUAUGAACUCAAAUUAGAUUGUGAGACUGAACAAAGAAGCACAAUGAAAAUCCAGAAACUUUAUCAAUGUUAAGUUACUCACAGUUGCAAAGAAGAAAUGACUGUGAAUUAAAUACUUAUCAAUUAAAUGUUCCAAGGAAGCAUGACCUAGUAUAUUUUUGAACCCCUUCUGUUUAGUAGAGACUGAGAAAGCUAUUAGGCCAGAAGUUCAAUAAUUUCUGCCAGUGGAUGGGUUUUUCAGUCCUGUAUAAACUCAUUACAGGAAAUUAAAACAAUGUAUUUUUGCUGUAAACUGGUAUAUAAACGGUAAAAUUACCUCAGCAUCACCUCCUAUCAUAAUGUUUUCAUUGUUGCAUUACAUACUGAAUUUGCAUUGAGAAUACAAAGUUCUCAUAAAACCUCAGGAACAAAUAAGCAAAAUAAUGAAAACAUGUUUUUCCCUUGCACUGACAAGAACUGUCGAUUUUGGUCCUGUAGUUUGUAUUUCCUUUUUAUUUAUAAUUUUUUAAAUAGGUUUGCACUUUGAUAGUAAUGAUCAUUAUAAUAGAUCUGCCUUAUCUUAAUCUGUAAGAAACGAUUUUAGAAGUUAAGUUAAUUUUAAAAAUAAUUUAAACCAGAAUCUUUUGUCUAUUUUGGCAAUAUGUUUGUUAUCUUUGCUACUUAACAAUUUGCAUGUGGUUGAGCUAUUUAACAUGUUCCUUUAUUAUUUACAAACAAGGAUAAUCAAGCCUGUUGAACUUUAGAAUGAUAUGCAACUGCAUUCACAAGGGAACUUGAUUACUUGGAAUGUCUGAUGUGUAAAAAAAACUUGUGUAUGAACAUUGCAGCAAAAGGUGAGAAGUGCCUUGGAAGCUCAGAGUGUGGGGUGAGCUGCUUUGGAUAGUAUUUAUGAAGAUGGUAUAUUCAGAUCUUUACAGUGGCCUAGAAAAUGGCAUCAUAUUCUAAUAACAAUUAUACUUCACUUAUUUUGACCCACUUCAAUGCUUUUAUCUAUCUCAGGAAAAUCUAAGUCAGUCAAUAAAAUAUUUAUUAAAACAACAAAUUCAUUUUUUUUUUGGUUGUACAAAUAAUUUUAACUGAUACUUUUUAACCUGAACUAGUAUUCACGCAUGUAUUGUUGUCUUCCUGAAUUUUUGUGUUACGUCCCAAAUCUGUGCAUUAUUGCAUGUCUGAACAGCAUGAAAAGGGCACCAAUCAAAGUCUUUCUCUAUUACUGUGAUGCAUAAUCCAUUUUUGGCCUAGCUGUAGCUUACGAUGUGAAUUAACAAAUAUAUUCUCCUCUACAACUCUUACCUGUAACCAGUAGGAUGAGGUAGCCUUUGAUUUUACCUAAUGUUAUGCCUUGAAAAUAAUUUAUCAGUGCAUUUUCCAAUCCUGCAAUGUUACUUCAUGAAAUCUUUGUGGAUUACAGUAAACAUUCUCCACACUCAGUUCUCUCCUGAUAGACUUCAAAGAUAUAAAAUCCAGUUUCACUUUAUGGUCGUCACAUCUUUAUGGUCAUUGCACUUGCUGAAGAAAGGUACAAAACUAGAAAGAUAUGGAAGUUAAAUUAUUAUGGUCAGCUACAGAGACUAGGCCUGUGCUCACUUGAGAUAAUAAAAUUAACAGGAAAUAUAAUUGCCUUUUGUGCUAAUUAAACAAGCUGAUUUUUGAUUUUGUGGCAGCUUUACAUUUUGGCACGUCAGAGCAGGCAUGAGAGAUUCGGUCAUUUAAGCUUAUAUUCUCUGGAUUAUAUUAGAAUGAGAGGGAGUUUUCAUAGAAACCUAUACAGUUAUAACAAGUUUAGAGAGACUAGAUAUAAGGAGGUUGUUCCCAACUACUAAGGAACCCAGUACCAAAGGCCACUGUGUCAGGAUAAUGGAAAAAGCCAAUUAGGAUUGAAUUCAAGAGAAUUUUUUUUUUCACCCAGACAGAGGAGAACUUAUGAAAUUUUCUAGCUUUGUUGGCAGUGGAUACAGAAUCAUUAAGCAGAUUUAAGAAGGAGGUAAAUUAUACUUCUUAAUGUCAAAGGGAUAUUUUUUCAUACAAAAAAAAAUCAUUUCUCUGAAACUCUUCCAAGACCUCUGUUAAGGGUGGUAUAGUGCAUUUAGUCCUAACCUUUGUGUGUUCUCCUGUGACCACAAGGGUUUCCUCCAAGUGCUCUGGUUUUUUCCCACAUCCCAAAAAUGUGUAGAUUGGCUACUUUUAAAUAUUAACGUGUAAGUGGUUGGUAGAAUCUGGGAUUAUGAAGAGAGGAAUGGGGCUAUGGAGAGAGAGAUUAGUCUCAAUGGGUGUUUGAUGGUUCAAGCAGUGUCAGUAAGCCAAAGGGUCUGUUUCUGGACUGUAUGCUGUCCCAUGAACACAAUAUGGUAACAGAUUAGUACUCCUUUAUUUAAUACAAUACCCUCAAAUUCAUCAAUGGAUUUACUGUAUUGAACAUGAACUUUUGGUGAUCACAAUAAAAUCUCCCUCCAUCUCCUUAAGAGCAUGUGGUUCUUCUGAUGUGACUUAUCUGGGUUAAAAAACAGUUCCCUUUGGUCUGUUCUGAUGGUGCAUUCAAAUCUGCAUUACUUUUAAUUAUCUUUGGAAUGUGGACAUCACUGGCAGUUUCAACAAAUAAUGAUGUCCUUAAUUGUUUAAUGCCUUAACCUAUUCACAUAUCUUUGUAUUUUUAAAAAGUACUGACCAUAGUGCCAUCACCACAAUCUAGGUUAUAAACAAAACUGGACAGUAGGCUGAGGACUGAUCUGUGGAGAACAUCAUUGCCAAUGUGCCUCCAGGCUAAUGAACAGCCUCUAGUUACAUUUUUUAGCUGCAAGAUUAGAGUCAA